GAAUACUUGCAGGCCUGCUGAGAUACGGGCAAGAGUGCAAGCGAGAUAGAACAGGCGGUGCGGGAUUUUGGAAUCCGGAGCUCACGCGCAACGCGAGUCGGUGGGUAUAGUGUCGCUGGCCGGCGUGCAGUGUCGCUUCGGUCGAGCCAGGCUACAAGAUGGCCACGCCGCGAUCAAUGAAACUCUCGAGUAAAUCGCGUAGUAAAAGUGGACGCACGGCCAGCCGAAAAUAAGUCCCCCGUGCCAGUGUGUGCGCGAGCACGGGCCCAAGUGAGGUCAGCCGAAGAACCAAGUUUUCGGCGACGACUCACGCUCAUUAACCAACAGUCAAUGGGCCAUGGGCAAGGACCAGGAGCUGCUCGAAGCAGCCAGGAACGGCAACGUUGCCGUCGUCGACAAGAUCCUCGGGCAGCGCGCGAAGAGGAGUGGUCCCUUGGCAAGUUUGCGUCGCGGACCAGGAGCUAAUGUGCAAGAUUCUAGCGGCUACUCAGCACUUCAUCAUGCUGCUCUAAAUGGACACAAAGAGGUAGUGAAGCUACUGCUCCAGCACGAAGCUUCGACUAAUAUCGUCGACGCUAAGGGCUCUUCUCCGCUUCAUUUGGCGGCAUGGUCCGGAAACUCGGAAAUUGUGCGAUUAAUUCUGAGUCAAGGACCAUCGGUGCCGAAUGUCAACCUUACGACAAAGGAUAACGAAACAGCGCUACACUGUGCCGCGCAAUAUGGCCACACGGAGGUCGUUGGGCAGCUAUUGGAGGCUGGAUGUGAUCCCAGCAUCCGUAACAAUCGUGGAGAAUCAGCUCUUGAUCUGGCCGCACAAUAUGGCAGACUGGAGACAGUGGAACUACUGGUGCGAACCCAUCCCGAGUUGAUCGAGUCUCUGCGCAACUCUUCGUCUUCUCUCAUCUUUCCACACACACCUCUGCACUUGGCUUCUCGUAAUGGCCAUCGUGCGUGCGUCGAAGUGCUCCUCGCCGCCGGAGUGGACGUCAACACUCGAACGUCGGCGGGCACCGCCAUGCACGAAGCCGCUCUUUGCGGUAAGAUGGAAGUGGUGCGAACGCUCCUCGAUCGCGGCGUCGACCUUGCUAUCAAGGAUUCUCGACAUAAUACGGUGCUCGACUUGUUGGGUCAAUUCCCAGCACACGUCACGCAGGACAUCACCGCCAUAAUCAAAAGACAUCGUUCGUCAUCUGGCAUCGUGAGUGAUGCAGAGAGUGAAAAUUUGCCACCGAUUCCUGUCCACCAAGGCGGCGGUUCCCUUGGUAGUCCAUAUGAAAAUGUGCGUCCUGGCGACGAUCUUUCCCCGGCGGAAGGCUCCUCGCCUACUCGGUGGCAACUUUAUCACAAACCUCGGGAAGAUGAUCGUCGUAUAUCUGGAAACUCGGCUAUAUCACUUGAAGAUGAAUAUUACGGAGAAACGCUGGACGGAGCUGCAUGGAGGCCCCUCCAGAUGACAGAGGACUCCGAGUCCAGCUCCGUCUUCGACAGCGUCCUUAUAUCCAUGUCUGACACACUCAACUCGAUAAACACCCUCGCAAGUUCCGAUCAAACACCCGAAGACAGACCACUUAACACUACUAUUCUCAUCACUACACCGUCACGAGACACUCUACGGGGCUCGGACAGCGGUUUGUACCAGACACCGCCAAUCCCACGAUCGGCUGUGGAAGCCGGCUAUGCUUCGGAGGAUCAACUAGCGAGUGCCGGCUACGGAGGUCGCGAAUCCGAUCAACUAAGUGUUUCGUCGUCUUCCAGCGUGGGUGGAAGGAGUCCUCGAGAACGUCGUUGCAUACCCGUUGACUCCACGGGUAUAUAUUUGCCGAUGGCUCCGUUACCUGGCUCUCUACACAGUCCUGCUUCUGGUAGCAAAGUAUCGAACGGCGGUGUGCCGUCGUCAACUUUGCAGCCAACGCCGCCGAAAAAGCCGCCACGACGCAAUCUGUCGGUGUCGCCGACCCACCUGCAAAGCCAAAUGUCCCUGUCGGCUGACAGCCACGUGGGUCCAAGCAAUUACGAGUACUUGUUCUUGGCACGCAGCGGCGCGACGCGCAGCCAAAUAGACCUGGGCGAGUUACAGGCUCGUCGCGAGCAGCUGAGGCACGUGACGCGCAGCGUUGACCAGUACGUCGAUAUGAACUCGAGUCCGUUUAAACGCGACGAGAGGCCACCGCAGCAACAGCGCAAGUCGAGCGACGUGGCUCUUACGUCGGGAGCGCUCAAAGUCAUCAACCCAAGGCGGAAGCUACGCAGGCACGCUUACGAAAAUCACGACGUGGUCGACAGUAGUCCAGGCACCGACAGGUCACCCAGCGCCGAGAAGACCUUCAUCUCCAGCGCCUUUCUGACCCUCAAGUCCUCGCAAGAGAGCUUGCUGGGCGAUGCCAAACGCAGCGAGCCAACGCAUACCGACGCACAAGAUAAGAGGCUGAAGAAGGUCCAGAUGAUGUUGCCGACUAGCCCCACCCAUUACGCACAACCACCCACCCCUGACCAUCCGCCACCCUCGGCCAUCCAAGCUGAGAAGUCCAUCCACGAGCGUAUUCGUCCGUUGAGUCAGGUGUACAAGCGGCGCUCGCGCGACAUGGAAACGGAAACGGACGAGGAGCUGCUGCAGUUUCCGGCGGCAGGCUCGCUUGGCGCCUCGAGCGGCUCCCUGUCCUCGGUCUCGCUCUCCGACAAGAGCAUGUCCACCGACAACGUCGAAGAGUACUUCGGCGACGUGCCCUUCGCAGGUUUGCUGAAGGGCUCGGUGGCGGCGGCAGAGCGGCCGCGCACGCUGCGUCGGCUGCGCAACGUGUACUCGCCGGCGGGCACGGGAGGCUGCGGUUUGCCGAUAGGCAUCACCGGGGCCGAGCUCGCCGGCGAGCAUCACGAGCUCAACAGUCAACAGCCGCAGCAACAGCAACAGUCACGAGCGACAUCGGCUGAGCGCGACGAGAAGAGUCUCAGCAUCAUGAGUCCAUUCGACGAGCAGGAGGAAUGGGCUAAAAUCUCGGAGAUCAUGGCCACUUUUGGCACCGGCCUCGUGCGCGAAUCCGUCUUUGUCAGCGAGCUCGAGAAGGAGUUUCAAGCGAGGCUUGGUCUGAACAGCAACAACGGUGGCAGCCCUUGUGUGCAAACGGUUAUAGGCCAAUGGUUGUCGAAACUCAAUCUGUCCGACUAUGAGUCGCUGUUUUUGAAUUACGGAUUCGACGACCUAGAAUUUAUCAAUGGCAUUCUCGAGGAAUCCGAUUUGAAAGAAAUGGGCAUAACAAGCGAGAAAGAACGCUUGGUGAUUUUAGAUGCAGUGAGUCUGCUGAACAAUCGAGUAGAAAAACGUCCGGCAAACAAUCCUAAUCAGUCGGUCGACGAUUGGCUCAAGUUGAUACACUUGGACAACUACUCAGAAUUGUUCAGGCGGCACCUGUACACGGACAUGGACCGCGUGCGAAGGGUUUGGGAAGUCGAGUUAGCUGCGGUGCUCGAGAUCCAAAAACCAGCCCACCGUAAGAGGAUUCUUGCGUCAGUCAGUGGAGGCUGCUCGCCUCGAGGCGCUUCGCACGUACGCAACGGCAACGGGCCCAGUUUCGAUGACCUCAACAAGGACCUCAAUACCCUGAAAACGAAUAUUCAGCAACUCAAAGAGGAAAUCCGCGAAAAAAUGCCGGAGCCAGUACAGAACAACGGCUUUCCGACCCCAACAACGACUACGAAUACGAAUACAAGUACGUCAACGGCUCCGACGACGGGCACAAAUGCGAAUACAACUGGUACGCUAAAACAUCGAAAAAAUAGACCUGCACCACCGCCACCUCAGAGACCAAAUGCACCUCACAACGGUACCGUGACAGAGCACCUCGAAAUACGAGGUCCCAACGAAUUAUUGUUUGGAGUACCGUCUACCCUUAAGACGCAGUGGAGGCACCAGCCUAAGGAUCUAGUCACUGGCAGCGUGACCUACGUCGCCAAUUAUUUGGGCUCAACGGUUGUGAAAGAACUAAGGGGCACUGAGUCGACCAAGAUGUCGAUACAAAAGCUGAAAAAGGCGAAUCGGGAUCCUAGACGUACUCCCGAUAUCACGCUUUCCAUUUCGUACCGCGGCGUCCGAUUCCUCAACACCCUUACCGACGAACCAAUAUGUGACCACGAGAUACGUAAUAUUCACUGCGCUUGUCAGGACGCCGACGAUCUCACCCAUUUUGCUUACAUUACCAAAGACCACGCCAGUCGCACUCAUUUUUGCCAUGUUUUUUGCGUGCCAACUAUGGACCAAGCCACCGAAAUAAUUCUGACGCUGGGUCAAGCUUUCGAGGUAGCGUACCAAAUAGCCUUGAAGGACAAACUCGGCGGCCACGCAAUCCGAUCCCAGUCGGCUAACCAGCUGACGAGUCUCGCCGGCAGCAAGACAGCAACUUCACCGUCCCGGGAGACGAACGAUCACCGUGCAGACGAGCACAACCACUGUCGGACGAGUACGAAUCCCAGGCCAAAGACGCGCUCCAAGUCCACUAGCAAUCCCUUUGCCAGCCCAACAAUGCCCAGUCCCAAUAAGACCACUAGCAGCUCCAAUUCUCAUACGACCUACAACAACUCGACAGCGAUGACGACGUCGGUUACACCCGUGAAGCUACUGGCGACGCACGGGCGCUCGCACUCGGUCAAUGAAAUCAAGCUCAACGGCAGCCAGAUGAAACCAGCGCCACUGCCCGUCGACGACAUCAGCAUCGGCGUACGGGAUAUGAAGGCUGGCUCGCGCGCACCCAUCGCCCUUUCCGAAGAGUUCUAAUGCGAGCCAGUGUCGUUCGUUCGUUCCCUUUUUAUCGCGCGCCCUCUGUUAACGCGUCAACUGUAAAUUGCAGGCUUGUACAUAUGAAGUUUAGCUAGUACAUUGCGUUCUCGAGGUCGCGGGACCGGCUGAGCCAGUGAUAAUCGCCAACUUUCUCUUCGCGGAUUUUCCUUCUUUUUUUAUUUAUUGUACAGCUCACACGGCACUGUGUUCCGCAUCCCUAUAUUAUAUUUUAUGUUUUUUUUUAAAUUCACGUAAUAAAUACUAUUUUCUAUGAUUUCCGCUUCUUCUUUAUUUUAUCGCUUGUACGGUGCAUUUAUUGGUUUUUGCGAAAGAGAAUUCGUGUUCCUUAACUCGCUAAUCGUAUGCUGCUCGGUAUUAUACAAUUAUUCGCGCAAUAUAUUAAUGAUCUGCAUUCGAUUGUUUGCACAUAUUUUGUUUGUUUUAAACAUUUUAUGACAUUUCUACGGCGAUUUCUAGUCAUAAAUAUAGGCAUCACCUGUUUAAAAACGUGUUAAUCUGCAGAUCAAGAACUAAAACUACUCGUAAUUUUAACGAAAACUUCAAGACAUAUUUGUUCGAUAACGUAUACUUUAGGUCAUGUGUAUAAAAUACCCGGCUUCACAGGUAAGUAGUAAGUCUUCUCAAAAAACGUUUCAUUACUACAGUCACGACUGUAAGUAAUAGUUCUAGUAAUAACUUUUUCAAAUCACUUUCAUAGAUAUACCAGCAUUUGCAUUUCAUAAGCGUCAACUUGACAGUGAACUGCGAUUAAUAAUAUCAUAAUCCGAGCAAUAGUAAUAUUACCGACGCCAGGUUAAUCAUUCGACAUUACAUAUACUUUUAUAAAAAUAUUAUUUGAUAAGAUAAACCAAAACGCAUACAUAACCUAUAGCAUCGGGCAUAAUAUCAAUUUUGAUUCUACUAAUUAUCAUUAUCGAAAACAUCAGUUUCUAAUUUUUCGUCACAACGAAUUUCAUUUGAACGUUUUCAUUACAAAUUAACUUAUUACAAAAACGGUCCUAAUUAUUUACGACAAAUAAUUAUUAAUUUUUUGCAAGUAAAAACAUAAUUUCACUUUACUAGCAAAAUAUGUCAUUUUGCACGUUUGCGCGGUAAUAUUAACGUUGAGGUAGUUCACACGAAAGUAUAUUUUCAGUGUAAUUACAUUGAUAAUGUGAUUAAUAAUAAUAGAAUGAAAUUAAUAAAUUAAAACUACAUAAAUACAGCACGUCAACUUGUGUCAAAAUGUCAACAAUCUUGAUAACUUACCUCAUUUUUUAAUUGAUAACUUUUCUUACGAGCAUUUACUAGAAAUAAUUUUUUUUUUAAGAAAUUUACAAUAAUUUUUAAUACUAACGCGUACUCGACAACAGAAUUAAAAAUUAAAAGCCAACAAAUAUUGAUUGCCUUCAAUGAAAAAAUUUAAUUAACUGAUAAAUAAAUUUUAUAAUAAUCAAUGCUAGUGAAAGAUAACUUGUGGUAAUAUUUCAUGAAUAAAAACGAAACUGUUUUUAAUAAUGUUUGGGGGCCUAUAUAACUUAUUAAAGACUCAAUAACUUUUUUUAGGCUUCAAAACCAACGUUUCGAAAAAAACUUUCCAAAAUCUUUCAACAAUAUUAUUAUACAGAUGGGAUACAGACAGCUAAAAUACUAAAAACAAAUAUCUUUCAAUAUUUCUAAAUGAAAAGCUGAAUUAAUCAUAUGAACAGUAUUACGAAGCUGAAGAUACAAUCAAUUUUAUUUACCGGAAAUCUGUAACAAACAUAGACGGGUUGGACGAUGUAAAAAUACUCGAGUUUGGACGCUAAUAACUUAUACGAUUAGUAUUGAUAGUAAUUGCGUUUAUUACUAGAAAUUGAAAAAAAAAGUAAGUCAUAAGCUAACAAAUGAUUUUUUCGGAUUCAGAAUGAAAAAAGUAAUAAAUACAGCAGAUAUAAUUUGAAUUGUAUAGUGGCAUAAAGUAAAUUAUUUAUCUCAAACAGAAAUCUCUUGACUAUUAAUUCCUAAAAAUUUUGAAGUAAGUUUAAAAUUGAAUCAUCUAAAGUAAAUAUGCCUUUGAGAUAUUAUUAUGAUAGAGCAAAUUGAUGAUUGAACAAAAACUGAGAAAAAGUUUGGAAUGUAGAUAUCCAUUAUAAGAUAAACAAAGGAGUAUUAUAACAGAAAAAUUCAAAAAACUUUACAAACAGAAAAUAAAAACUGCCAAAAACUAACGUAAAUAAAAGAAAUAUAACUAUUCAUAUUUUCACACGCACGAAUCAUAUUUUCAUUAAAAAUAUAAUUUUACCCAAUGCAAGUAAAACUAGCAUUGUAAACGCUGUUUGAUUAACAUUUUUCUAUACAUUGUAGAAUGCUAGAAAUUAUUAAAUUAAAUAAAUUAUUGAAGUACGUUUUAAUUAUUUAAUAAAUUAUUAAAAUAAACGUGCAUAAUAAGGGAUAACGUGUGAUAAUGUAUAUAUUUUGAAUUUUAAAACGAGCAUGCAAACGUGAUCGUUUAAUUUCAUUAACGGAAAAUUGUUUGCAUACAUAUAUUAUACAAUCAUAUUGAUUUCUGAUAUUUUUAUAAUUUUCAUUUCAUAUAUUAAUAUUAUGGUUUACUAACGCGCACAAAAUAAUGAUAAUGUUGGACCAACGUACGAGAAAAGUAUAUAAAAUGAUUGUUGUUGCCCAAAUUAUGAAACAAUGACUUUAAAUACAUGUCUAAAUAACUGAACGCUUGUACUCGCUACAAGGAUUGCAAAAAUUAUGCGACCUGUGCAAUGAUACGAUUUAAAUGUACUAAUAAUGCAAAAUAAUAAAAAUUAUUACAUGUGUAUGAAAAUAGCUGAUAUUUACGGGAUAAACUAAAAAAAAAACAUUAAAUGUAUAGCUUUGGUCGUGAAGAAUCAGUUCGAAUAAACAAUAUUAAAUCAUGUACGGGUUGAAUUGUCAAAUUGUUUAUUAUAAAUAAAAUCGUACUAUAAAGCUUCUAUAUACAUUGUUAAAAUUAUAAAAAAAUAUAAGCAUUCGCGAUACCAAAAGUAUUACUGAAAUACAUUCCAUAAAUUAAACGAACAUUUUUUUCACAUAAAAUAUACAUAUAUAUGGCCACAAUAAACUUAUGAUUUUAAUACUAAAACGAUAAUUCCGAUAAUUGUUUGAUUCUUAAUUGAAAGGUAAAUAUUUUUAGACGCUUUACUUUUUUAUGCUCCUAUGACUACUUAUAACUUGCUAUAAGUAUUGUCAAAUAUAACAUAGGUGUUACACGAGUGUGUAAUGAUUAAAAAUAUAAAAUUGGAAUAGAAAAACACUUAAAUAAGAAAUAAAUAACACAGAUUGGUUGCAAUGAUAACCGUUACGAUUUUCGUAUAUUAAAAAAAUGAAAAUUGAAAGUUAUAUUGAAUAAUGACAAAUUUCUUCGAAUUAAAAAUAAUUUUUCAAAGUAGACCAAAUGAGAUUUACUUUGACUUAAUUUACCCGUAAAAACAAGCACAUAUGAUGUCUGCAUCAGCGAAUAUUUAUUUACUAACAUCUCAUAUUUAAAAGAACGUAGAUCUAUCGCAGCUACGACACGCAAUUACGAGUCAUAGUUGAAAUUUAAUUUACUCUUUGAAGUCUCUGAUAUACAUUCAUUAGGAAGCAUGUACUUCCACACAUUCACAUAUUCACUCGUGCUGUAUUCAUACGCGUGUAUAGAUAUUUGAGUGUAGGCAUCAUUAACGCGGCGUUCAUGCGUCUAUAUACAUCUCUUAAUUUUACAUACAUGACUUGACUCAAAAGAUUGAGUUGAAGUUCGCUAGAUGCUACUCAUCUUCAACUUUGUCAAUCAUCUUUCACGCGUGUCAAUGACAUUGCUCAAUUCUUCUUUUUACUCUAAACUAUUAGUCUUAUAAAACUACUAUGGACUGCAAUACGAUUUCUUGUUUUGAUUAUGUUGGUAUUCACAAUAAUAUGAAAAAUAAAAAAGAUUUUCUUGCUAGUCAUGAGCUUAUACUUCCAAUAUAGUAUAACAUUAUGUAGUGAUAAAUCUUGAUAAGAUUGUUUGUUAUAUUGUUGUUAGUUUGUCUUAAUUUAUUUUCAUACAAUCAUACCAUAUCAUACUUCAUCAUAAUCAAAUCGUCAUGCGGCAUGUCAUUCCUAAUAUCUGAUCAUACGCUUCUUCUAUUAUGUAGCUAAAUAAACAUAUACAUAGACGCCUAUAUAAGGAUAAUAGCGUAUAUAUAACAAAAAAUGAAAUAUAAAGAACGGAGGUUAAAUGUACAAGUGAAAUAACAGUCAAGUUUGCAUUACAAAAAUGUAUCGAACUGAUUCUGAAGAGUUUAAGGAGAAAUUGAUGUGAUUACAAGUGCGAAUACAUCUAUAAUUGCAAAAACAAUGUGUGCAAGUUUUAGCACUUCCUCGCGACUGCAUUUACAGCAUUUGCAAUUCAAACAAAAGAUGGGGGGAGGGGUCUGUAUUUAACUCUCUUUCUGUAAUUAUCACAAGUUAAGAGUGUGCAAGUUACUUGUGCGCGUAUGAUUACUGCAAAAUUCGUUCUUGGCUCUUUUCGCUUGAUUCAAGCUUUUGAGUUGCUGCCACUCAUAGUUAACAUUCAUUUCAUAUAGCUAAAGUAUGCGCAAUGCGUAUACCAUCGUAUGAAAAACAUGCAAAAUGUGCUGUGUUCAUCAUGUAUAUACUUAUAAAUCCAUUUAUAGGGCAUAUAUACACGGAUACUUUAAUCCGAAGUUUGUUACUCUGUAAGAUAAUGAAUCCAUUUCCGUAACGCUUACAACUUUGACUAGCUAGCCGAUAACUUUUAUACUUAAAAAUACGAACUUUAAUACGACGAUGAUGCUCAUUUUAAUCCUCGCUGAUUCCGUAACCAGAUUAUCUUUCAAUAUUUUAAUCAUUAGCUUGCAUACAUAGAUUUUGAUACUACCAUUUAAUCUGUGAAAUGUUGUUGAUCAUAAAUGGUGCACUCGCAAUUUAUACGCUGCAACGAUGAAGUCCAGAGAUUUAGCGAGAAUAUACGAGUGAUAUUACGUUCUAACACCAAAGAUUAAGACUAUACUUUAAUUAACGCAUUUAUCUCUUUUUAUACGACGACCGGCUACGUCUUUUGGCAUUUUUACACUAUUUUGAAGAACAAUAAGUAACCUCUUAGAAUCAACGUAAUGGAUUGUUAUGUAAGUUUUCUAAUAAUAAAAAAAUACAAUGAGAUUGUGAACAUAAAUGCAAUAUUCAAUAAGAUGAACGACCCAAUACUGUUGUAGUAUCGUACGAUAGUUUGCAAAUAAAUGCGCAACGCAUAUUUGCAUGUAUGCGCAAAUUCGUGAAUAUUGAAACAGAUAUGUAGGUGUGAAAAGAGCCAAAAUGAAAUGGAUGCAUACAGGUCUUUGAUAAACGAUCGCGUGCAGGAAUGUGCUUUCGAUAGUACUUAUAAUAGUAUAUGUGAAUUAAUAUAUAAAUAAUAAUAAUAAUAAUAAUAAUAAUAAUAAUAAUAAUAAUAAUAUUAAUAAUAAUAAUAAUAGGAAUGAUGAUAUAUAAAUAACGAAGGCAGGGUAUCCAUUUGUAUACAGAAAUUGUAAUACGGGGUGUAACAUUAAAAGCAUCAGAGAUGAAAGGCUCGUACACGCCCUUGCGCCCGUUCAUCCUGAUAGCUUUGAUAUCUCAACAGCGCAGCAAUAUAUGAACGGACACCCUUCUUUAUUAUAAUUCAUUGCCAUUGUAACACUUGAAAAUGCUCGAAAUCGUUUGCGCGCGCGUUUAACUGUAACUGGCGUAACAAUAAUAUUCUCUUUAUCUCUCGUGUAGCUUCAAUGGAUAAUGAAAUAGAAAAAGAGUUAGUAGGAUAUUCAUGUUUAGCGUCGAUUAAGAGUAAUACAUAGCUAAAAUUAAAUACGCAAUCUCUGUGUUUUUUUGCCGCUGGAACGUCCUGAACUUACAUAUUUGCACGUUCUUUUGAACUUCAGCAUAUUCACACCAUAAUAUUGUUUUCAACAUUACAGCAAACAUUUUUUUGAAAACAUUCGUUACAGCACAUGUUUAAUUGGUAUUUAAUGAAAUUCUUUUUCUUAUACUCAAACCAUUGAUUGGUCAUUAGAUGUAAUACAAAUGAUGACAUAAUUAGUGGUUCAAAUUAAUAUCAGAUAACCAUAAGGCGUAACGUAAACAAUUCGACAAAAUUCCCUUUGGUUGUUUAGCGCACUCAUGUAUCAAUCAUUUCAAACAGUUGAAAUUUUAUUCGUACGAAUAUAUUGCUCAUCAGAACGAUAUGCUAAUAAUAUGAUUGAUUCAGAGACUCUCGGCAAAUUUCAUAUUAUUUUAUAAAUGAAAAAUAGGUACGAAUAUUACUCAGUUUCUUUAAAAACUGACAAAUAAAAACUCGAAUAGUAUAGUAAAGUUAACGAUAAAUAAUAAUGGAUAAUAAUCAAAUCAUCUUAACUUCGUUCUAUUUGUAUUGUAUCUGAACUUUGACUGAAUCUCACUUAGGGUUGUCAACAAAUGAUUUAUAUGUUUUUUUGGUUUUGAUGUUCGUUAAUAAUGAAUAUUACAUCUCAUCAAUCGCAAAGCUUCACCAUUCAUAUCAUUAAUCACAAAACUCGGCUGCGCUAAAUUAUUAUAUAUUGUUAUUUCUUAUAUUGUUAUGAGAAAAAUAAUUAUAAAAUUUUUAUUCGAAUUUUAUUCUUAAUAGAUAAUAUAGUUUUGCGAAUAUAACUUUUUUUAAUCAAAUUAUUCAGAGAAGUAAGAAAUGCAGAGUUCUUGAAAAAUUUAAGUGGUGUAAAUAAGUAACGGUAAAAGAAUGUGAAUUGUAAAAUAACAAAAAAUAUAUGUUUUGAUGCGUAAUCAUCUGAUAUAAAUAAUAAUGACAAAAGAGGGUGCGAAAGAAGAGACAGAAAAUGUAUUUUCGAAUUUAUAGUUUAUUUUUCAUUAGCGUAGAUGACAAAUAAUGAUGAUGACAAAAAAGUUUAUUGUGAAUUACCAUUCUGAUUGAACGGCUUAUUCAAGAUUUUCUUUUUUUAUUUUAGAAGUCUCUAUCUUCCAUCCGCCUAAAUUGAAUAAUUGUGAAUGCACUAAGUGAUUUGUUAAACCUAUUUUCUUCUUCGAAAAGAAAUAACUUGUAUAUCAAAUAUUAUAAUCUCGAUGAAGUUAAACAAAAUCACUACAGAUUUAACAAAGGGAUCUCUCGAUCAUUUCAAGCAUUAUCAAGAUAAAAUAAGCAACAGAAUGGUGUAUUAUAAAGUAGGCAAAAUGUAAGUGUUGAUAAGCUGAUUACGACUGAGUUCGACAAAAUCUUUGUAUUACUGUAUGUGAACAAUGUAAAACAUAUUUAUAUGUAUUAUAAAUCAUUCGUAUUGUAUUACUCAGGCUAGUGCAAAGAAUUUUGUCGUCCUCGUUACAAACUGUAUAGAUAUCAAUAAAGGCAAAAAAGAAGAAAAUAUCGUUGAUUAUGAUGAAAAAAUCAAAAAAACCCAUGAAAAUGAAUAAGCAAAAUGAAAUUGAAUAACGUAAUAAAUAAUCAAGGUAAGAGUAAGAUUGACGAGAAGAUAAGAAAGUGCUUAUAAAAGGUGCGUAGAUAAAGUAUUAUUCGCUGAAAGCUUGUAAAAUCGGAGAUAUCAUAUUAUAUAAAUGCUCUAUAUUUAAAAAACGCAGCCUCAUCGCCAUCAAAUCAUGCAUACAUACGCAGAUUUUUUGAGUUCUUCUAUAAUUUAUAUUUAUUAUUGUUCAUGUUUACUAGAAGUAUAUAUAAAUAUAUAUAUAUAUAUAUUAUAUCAGAGACUAUUCCCUGGAAUACCUA